CGUGUGAACACCAUACAUUGAUCGGAUGAAGCUCGAAGCUGUAUCAGGGAGAGCCUGGGCACAACUCCCGAGCUGCUUGCCAUAGAAAAGCUACAAUCUACCAAUCUGUAACCUCAGUCGAUGCUCUGAACUGUUCCGGAUAGGCUCCGCGAGAUAAGGUUGAAGCAGGGUUCAGGUCUCCUUUUAGACAAAGGCCCUGGCCUAACGCUCCCCCUAAGUCAAGAUGCAGUCCUCCCCGAAUAUGUUGAUCAAGUUUGAGUCCAAGUCGUCGAGAGCAAAGGGCAUUGCUUUCCAUCCGAAAAGGCCAUGGAUUCUCGUAUCGCUCCACUCAUCGACCAUCCAGCUCUGGGAUUAUCGAAUGGGCACCUUGAUCGACCGUUUUGAUGAACAUGAUGGCCCCGUACGAGGAAUUGACUUCCACAAAACCCAGCCUCUUUUCGUAUCCGGAGGAGACGAUUAUAAGAUCAAGGUCUGGUCAUAUCAGACGCGGAGGUGUAUAUUUACGCUCAAUGGUCAUCUUGACUACGUGAGAACGGUUUUCUUCCAUCAUGAGCUACCGUGGAUCUUGUCUGCGUCGGACGAUCAAACAAUUCGGAUAUGGAACUGGCAGAAUCGAUCACUCAUUUGCACCAUGACCGGCCAUAAUCAUUAUGCCAUGUGUGCGCAGUUCCACCCCAAAGAAGACCUCGUUGUUUCGGCCUCGAUGGAUCAGUCCGUCCGUGUCUGGGACAUUUCAGGAUUGCGCAAGAAGCAUUCCGCUCCUUCUUCGUUGACUUUCGAGGACCAGAUGACUCGCGCCAACGCAAACCAGGCUGAUAUGUUUGGAAACACCGAUGCCGUCGUGAAGUUUGUCCUCGAGGGCCACGACCGGGGCGUAAACUGGGUUUCUUUCCACCCUACACUGCCCCUAAUUGUGUCAGCAGGAGAUGAUAGACUGGUGAAACUCUGGAGAAUGAGCGACACCAAAGCCUGGGAAGUUGAUACCUGCCGCGGCCACUUCCAGAAUGCUUCGGCUUGCCUCUUCCACCCCCAUCAGGACUUGAUUCUCUCAGUGGGCGAAGAUAAGACGAUUCGUGUCUGGGAUCUGAAUAAGAGGACAUCGGUUCAGUCAUUCAAGCGCGAGAAUGAUCGAUUUUGGGUCAUUGCGGCGCAUCCAGAAAUCAACCUCUUUGCCGCCGGACACGACAAUGGUGUCAUGGUCUUCAAGCUUGAGCGCGAGCGACCUGCUUCAGCCGUUUACCAGAAUCAACUAUUCUAUAUUACGAAAGAGAAGCACGUGCGCUCAUAUGACUUUCAGAAAAAUAUCGAAUCGCCUCCUAUGCUUUCGCUCAAGCGGCUGGGCAGCCCUUGGAUUCCACCGCGUUCGCUAUCGUACAACCCCGCAGAGAGAGCCAUACUUGUGACCUCGUCGGCCGACGGCGGCGUCUACGAGCUCAUGAACCUUCCGCGCGACGCCUCUGGGGCGGUCGAGCCUACCGAUACCAAGCGUGGUCAAGGCAGCUCGGCCGUCUUCGUCGCCAGAAACCGAUUUGCCGUUUUUAAUCAAGCUAUACAGCAGAUUGACAUCAAAGAUCUCAGCAACUCGACGACGAAGACAAUCAAGCCGCCUACUGGAACCACAGAUAUUUACUUUGGCGGCACUGGUUGCCUUUUCUUGAUCACGCCAACCAGCGUUGUUCUGUACGAUAUCCAGCAGAAGAAGCAUCUCGCUGAGCUUGCGAUUCAUGGAGUCAAGUAUGUUGUCUGGUCCAACGAUGGGCUUCAUGCUGCGUUGCUUAGCAAGCAUGAUGUCACUAUCGUAAACAAGAAGUUGGAACAAGUCAGCACCUUGCAUGAGACUAUUAGAAUCAAGAGUGCCACAUGGGAUGAUACAGGUGUUCUCUUAUACUCUACACUCAAUCAUAUCAAAUACUCUCUCAUUAACGGGGACACCGGAAUUGUGCGCACACUGGACCAAACCGUCUACCUCGUAAAGGUUAAGGCUCGUAGCGUCUACUGUCUUGAUCGAGCAGCAAAGCCAAAGAUCUUGACAAUUGAUCCUACCGAAUAUCGUUUCAAGCUUGCCCUGAUCAAGAGGAAUUAUCCUGAGAUGCUACAGAUCAUCAAAACGUCUAGCCUUGUUGGUCAGAGCAUCAUCUCCUACCUUCAGAAGAAGGGUUACCCAGAGAUCGCUCUGCAAUUUGUGCAAGACCCACAGACGCGGUUUGAACUUGCGAUUGAAUGUGGAAACCUCGAUGUCGCCGUAGAAAUGGCAAAGGAACUUGACCGUCCAAAGCUUUGGCUCCGGUUGGGUAGUGAGGCCCUUGCUCAUGGUAACCAUCAAGUUGUAGAGAUGGCGUACCAACGGCUUCGCAACUUUGACAAACUUUCCUUCCUAUAUCUUUCCACGGGCGAUCAAGAAAAACUUGCUCGGAUGGCAAAGAUUGCAGAGCAUCGCGGUGAUUUCUCUUCUCGGUUCCAAAAUGCCCUGUACAUGGGCGAUGCUCAAAGCCGGAUCGAAAUGUUUAAAGAGAUCGAUCUCUACCCCUUGGCCUAUGUGACGGCAAAGUCUCACGGCCUUACUGAAGAGUGCGAAUCUAUCCUCGAGGCAUGUGGCUUGACAGAAGACCAAAUUACUCUACCCUCGCUUGGUUCUACCCUUUCUCCUCCCCAGCCCAUCAUUCCUACGUUCAAGUCGAAUUGGCCAGUCAAAGCCACUUCGGACUCGUCUUUGGAGAAGGCGUUGCUAGGCGAAAUGGAGGCCCUUGCCGACGAAGCGGAACCCGUCUCAAAUGGCGUUAAUGUGGAGGCAGUUCUUGAGGCCGAUGGAGGGGCUGCCCAAAACGGACAUCUCAUAGAUGAUGAAGAGGACGAUGCAGCGGGAUGGGACAUGGGAGAAGACAUACACCCAGAAGUCGAAGGGGACUUUGUCAAUGUGGAAAGCGAGGACGCUGGAGCCGGCAGCAGCGAGGCUGAUAUCUGGGCUCGAAAUUCGCCAAUUGCAGCUGACCAUGUCGCCGCUGGUUCGUUUGAGACAGCAAUGCAACUCUUAAAUCGGCAGGUUGCAGCUGUCAAUUUCGCCCCGCUCAAGCCUCGUUUCCUGGAGAUUUAUGAGGCAUCGAAGACAUAUCUCCCAGCAAGCGCUGGUCUUCCCCCGCUUGUGAACUACGUUCGCCGGACUGUAGAGGAGUCAGAACUCAGAAAGAUUCUCCCAAUCAUCCCCAAGGAUCUCGAGUCCAUUGCCAGCAAGGAUUUGCAAGAAGGCUACGCAGCUAUGAGGGGUAACAAAUUGGAUGAUGGCUUGAAGAUCUUUAAACGGAUCGUGCAGUCCUUGAUGGUCAACGCAGUUUCUUCGGAACAGGAGGUUGAGGAUGCCAAGAAAAUCAUCGCCACCGCUGCUGAGUACAUUGUUGCUAUGUCCAUUGAGUUAAGUCGUCGUGCCAUCGGAACCGAUUUCAGCAAACUCGACGACGAGGAGAAGAAGCGCAAUCUCGAGCUUUCAGCAUACUUCACCAUCCCCAAGUUAGAGGUCGCACAUCGACAACUUGCCCUAGUUUCUGCCAUGAACUUGGCGUUUAAGAGCAGGAAUUUGUCCUCUGCGCUGAGCUUUGCUAGUCGAAUUAUUGCCAAUGGGGGUUCGCCUAAAUUCGUCGAACAGGCCCGCAAGACAAAGGCUGCUUGUGAGAGGAAUCCUCAGGAUGCAAUUGAUAUUGAAUUUGAUCAGUUCGCUGAUUUCGAUAUCUGCGCGGCUUCUUUCACUCCUAUCUAUGGUGGCUCACCUAGUACCACAUGUCCAUUUGAUGGUUCGAAAUACCACGCCGAGUACAAAGGAACCGUCUGCACCGUUUGUGAGGUCGCAGAGAUCGGAACACCAGCAAGUGGACUCAGAUUGUUUGCUUCAGGCGUGUAGUUUACAUACAGGCAUGGUCGUUGCUUUUCGAUGUUGCAUGAAUUGUAAAGUCUUCAAUGAGUUCCUUUUUCUUUGUUUUUUUUUUUUGUUCGUCAGGGUUCAGAUGUAGUAUCUGAUUUUGGCGCCGGAAAAUCUAUUGCAAUAUUGAAAAGAGUUCUUUUCCUUUCUCUUUAACUCUAAGCUUUAAUUGAGGCAUACCCAAAACUAAGUUUAACUCUUCGGGAUUUUCUGGAACCUGCGUCGCAUGUAACUUCGAUAGCUGAGAC